CCGAUCGACUUAUUUACAACUUUGCCCCAUCCCCAUCCGCGGCAUCUUUCACCGCCUUCUUCUCCCUCUACUCUCCAGAUCUUCUGCCAACUCUCCUCUUGCUCUCUUCCCAUGGCAGACAGCGAGUCGGCAACGACGAAGACGGAGCCGAAGCUGUCCUGGGCGGACGUGGAGUCCGACGAGGAAAAGGAAGCGUCGGCGCUCUCGUCAGAGGCUGCCGUUCCCUCGGAGUUGAACAAGAUCGAAUCCCUCUCCAUCGCCGAUGUGAAGGAUGGUGAAAACCAGGCAGCGGACGUACCUGAUGCCAGUCGCCUGCUGGAGGACCCUGACGAAUCCGAUAUCAAAGCCGUUACAUCUGGCGAUACUGUUUAUACGUCCGCUGUGGCGUUUGAAGACUUGAAUUUGUCAAAUGAACUGAUCAACGGGUUAUAUGUGGAAAUGGGUUUUAGCAGGCCCAGCAAGAUUCAGGCUAUUACUCUGCCUAUGAUUCUUACACCUCCGUAUAAAGAUUUGGUAGCUCAAGCUCAUAAUGGAUCGGGUAAAACAACUUGUUUUGUGUUGGGGAUGUUGAGCCGAGUUGAUCCAAGCAAGAAGGUGCCCCAAGCCAUCUGCGUUUGUCCUACUAGGGAGCUUGCUCAGCAGAAUCAUGCCGUCCUCAUGAAGAUGGGGAAGUAUACUGGCAUAACUGCAAUGUGCGCAAUACCAACCGAUUCUUCUAGUUAUAUUCCUAUAAACAAACGACCUCCGGUGACUGACCAAGUCGUGAUUGGCACUCCGGGGACCAUCAAGAAGUGGACAACAGCAAAAAAGUUGAGCACAAGGGAUAUUAAAAUACUUGUUUUUGAUGAGGCAGAUCACAUGCUAGCUGAGGAUGGCUUUAGGGAUGAUUCUGAAAGACUUAGGAAAGAGAUUCAAAGGAGUAGUGGUGGUUGCCAGGUACUUCUUUUUUCUGCUACCUUCAAUGAAAAUGUGAAGGCAUUUGUCUCAAGAGUAAUUUACGAUGGAAAUCAAAUAUUUGUGAAGAAAGAGGAACUUACCUUGGAAAAAGUAAAACAGUAUAAGGUCCUUUGUCCAAAUGAAAAUGCUAAGAUAGAAGUAAUAAAAAACAAGAUUUUUGAAUUUGGGCAAAAGGUAGGGCAGACAAUUAUAUUUGUACGCACGAGACAUAGUGCUUCAAUGUUGCAUCGAUCACUGUCUCAAGAGGGUUAUGAGUGCACAUCAGUUCAAGGUGCUCUCAGCCAAGAAGACAGGGACAAAAUUAUAAAAGAAUUCAAAGAUGGAUUAACCAAAGUCCUCAUAACCACUGAUCUGUUGGCUCGUGGUUUUGAUCAAAGACAGGUUAAUUUGGUUAUCAACUACGACCUACCUGUAAAGCACACCAAUCCUUCUGAGCCAGAUUGCGAACUAUACCUCCAUAGAGUUGGAAGAACUGGUCGAUUUGGUAGCAAAGGUGCUGUCUUCAAUUUCCUAUGCACUGAUAGGGACAAGUUAGUCAUGGAGAAAAUUCAGCAGCACUUUCAACAUCCUAUCCCUGAGAUUUCGGACUGGAGGAGUGAAGAAGCUUUCGAGUCAGCUCUAAAGGAUGCUGGUUUGCUAUGAAAACUGGUUCCCUUCUUUUGUUCCAGGACAAGGAAUCUGUGGCUUUUGUUUCCUGUGCUCGAUGAAUCUUAUGCUUGGGUUUAGUAUAGCACGAGAGUUUGCACUUGUUUAUCAGUUUAACAGCCGUGGUGAAUAAUGACCUCCUUCGCUAUGAUAUAGCAAUCCUUGUACUUUGUGUACAUCCGUAUAUGUUUAUUUGUAUGCAUCGACCUUAACCUCAACGUUUGCUUCAAUUAUAGGUGUGAUUGUCCGA